CCACGGAUUUUUCACCCCCACCCCUUUCCCUUUCUCCUCCCCAACGACUCCGACCGCCAUUAAACUCUGCUCUUCUCAAGAAACCUCCCCCCCCCUUCCAUUAACAUUUGAAUUCAUAGUAACAAUGCCUUUUAGCCUCUGCAAUUUCACACCCAGUUUCAUCCACUUUUAGUUCGUGAUUGGAUUGAUUCUGCGAGAUGGGUUGUUGUUUAAGCACAAGAAGACCCCCUGCAGGUCCCAGCUCGCCGGAUCCGGUCAAGAUUGACAGAUCUGCGCCGCCGGUGGAGGAGGAAACCGUCAAAGAAGUCGUCUUGUCCGAGACCCACAUCUCAAAGCCCAUUUCUUUGCCGGAUGAGGAGAAGCAGGAGAAGAUCGGCAAUGGUGAGCUGAAAGAUGUUGACUUUGAGAAAGACAAGGCUGAGGUUGCCGGAGGCCGGCGGCGUGGUGGCGUGGUUAAGGAGGAGGAAGAGGAGGUUGUCGUUUCUGAGCCUUCUGAAAUGUGUAGCUUCACUGAGAGUAUUUCCACGACGGCGACGGAGAGGCGGGAUGACGACGGAGAGGUCAACCAGAGGUCCCCUGCCCCGCCGAGGAAGCGGCGGGGGACCGGAGAUCUGGCCGGAAGGAGAGAGAGGAGUUUCAGGUCACCGGCGGGAAGAUCGACGCCGUCUCCGGAGAAGGGGAAUGCUCUGGCCUCGUCGAGAGGCGGCCAGAGCCGGUCUCGCGUGACGUCACAGAGGCGUAAUGCGGGUCCGCAAAAAGACGUUCCCCGAGACUGCGCCACCACGCGCCGGUCGAGAUCCCCUGCCACGCGCCGAGAGGUGGAUUCCCGUCGCAAUGUGAGGAACAAAAGCCCCGCCGUGGGGGAAAGUGGCCGUUCUCCGGCGAGAAGCGCAGAGCGCCACACCGGGGACGAUAAAUCGGAGACGCGUAACGCCGGCGCGGCGGAGGAGACCGGGGAGUCGCUGGAGAACCCUCUCGUUUCCUUGGAAUGUUUCAUAUUCCUCUGAGAAAUGUCAAAUCGGGGGCCAAGACGCUGUCGUUUCGGAUCUUCUACUGUUCAAAAUUAAUUUUUUUAUGUCGUUAUUAUGGUGUGAUUUUGGAUGCUGGAAAAGGGUCAAUCGGGCUUUAAAUUGGUACUCCCUCCGUCCUAAUUUGACCUUCCCACAUUGACUAAAACUCAUUUUUAAGGGAUUGCUUAUUUUUACUUUGACUUCCAACUUUACCCCUCCUUAUAAACUUUGAAUAAAAAAAGUAAGGCAUACAGUUUUUCCACGAAGGAUGGCUUAACAUUCGCCAAGGCUAUUAACAAGGAAGCUUUUAACACUGUUGCCGCCGCUUUGCUACUCCCGAUGACGAAGCCAUCGAGAUCUUCCAGGCCUUUUCCAAAGAGGUCAGCAAACGCUUGCUAGAUGCCGUCAAAUCCGGACCCGCUUCUUCCAUGCCGGAUAAUAAGCCAUCUGUGAGCCGAUGAUGAUUAGAUCUAGUCGUGCCGUGCCGGAUAUGUAGCCAUCGCCGCCGAUUCGUAAUGUAAAUUGACCAAAUCCAUAUAAAGGUGGGCCGAUGAUGAUUAGAUCUAGGAU